AUGAAAAGUUCUGCAUCCACAGUUCUGACUUCAACAUAUGAAACAGUGACUUCUGACACACUGACCUCUCAAACUACUGGUCGAAUUUCCACAUCAGAGCCUUCAAAUUCUGCAUCCACAGUUCUGACUUCAACAGAUGGACCAUUGACUUCUGCAUCCACAGUUUUGACUUCAACAGAUGGAACAAUGACUUCUGACCCACUGACUUCUCAAACUACUGUUCAAUCGUCAACAUCAGAACAAUCGACUUCUGCAGUCACUGUUCUGACUUCAACAGCGGAGCCAUCGACUUCUGCAUCAACAGUUCUGACUUCAACAGAUCAACCAUUGACUUCUGCAUCCACAGUUCUGACCUCAACAGAUGGAACAAUGACUACUGACCCAUUGACUUCUCAAACUACGGUUCAAACGUCAACAGCAGAGCAAUCAACUUCUGCAUCAACAGUUCUGACUUCAACGGAUGGAGGAUUGACUUCUGCAUCCACAGAUAUGACUUCAACAGAUGGACCAUUGACUUCUGCAUCCACAUUUCUGAUUCCAACAGAUGGAACAUUGACUUCUGACCCACUGACCUCUCAAACUACAGUUCAAACCUCACCAGUAGAGCCAUCGACUUCUGCAUCCACACUUCUGACUUCAACAGAUCGACCGUUGACUUCCGCAUCCACUGUUCAAACUUCAACAGCAGAGCCAUCGACUCCCGCAUCCACAGUUCUGACUUCAACAGAUGGACCAUUGACUUCUGCGUCCACAAUUCUGACGACAACAGUUGGACCAUUGACUUCUGCCUCCACAGUUCAGACUUCAACAGAUGGACCAUUGACUUCUGCAUCCAUAGUUCUGACUUCAACAGAGGGAACAAUGACUUCUGACCCAUUGACUUCUCCAACUACGGUUCAAACUUCAACAGCAGAGCAAUCAACUUCUGCAUCAACAUUUCUGACUUCAACGGAUGGAGGAUUGACUUCUGCAUCCACAGAUAUGACUUCAACAGAUGGACCAUUGACCUCUGCAUCCACAAUUUUGACUUCAACAGAUGUAACAUUGACUUCCGCAUCCACUGUUCAAACUUCAACAGCAGAGCCAUCAACUCCCGCAUCCACAGUUCUGGCUUCAACAGAUGGACCAUUGACUUCUGCGUCCACAAUUCUGACAACAACAUUUGGACCAUUGACUUCUGCUUCCACAGUUCAGACUUCAACCGAUGCAAAUUUGACUUCUGACCCACUGAUUUCUCAAACUACGGUUCAAACAUCAACAGCAGAGCCAUCGACUUCUUCAUCCACAGUUCUGACUCCAACAGAUGGACCAUUUACUUCAGCAUCAACAGUUCCGACUUCAACAGAUGGACCAUUGACUUCUGCAUCCACAGUUCUGACUUCAGCAGAUGGAACAAUGACUUCUGACCCACUGACUUCUCAAACUACUGUUAAAAUUUCAACAUCAGAGCCAUUGACAUCUGCAGUCACAGUUCUAACUUCAACAGAUGAACCGUUGACUUCUGCAUCCACAGUUCUGACCUCAACAGUUGGAGCAUCGAUUUCUGCAUCCACACUUCUGACCUCAACAGAUGGACCAUUGACUUCUGCAUCCACAGUUCUGACUACAGCAAAUGAAAAUGUGACUUCUGACCCACUGACUUCUCAAACUACUGUUCAAUCUUCAACAUCAGAACAAUCGACUUCUGCAGUCACUGUUCUGACUUCAACAGCGGAGCCAUCGACUUCUGCAUCAACAGUUCUGACUUCAAAAGAUGAACCAUUGACUUCUGCCUCCACAGUUCUUACCUCAACAGAUGGAACAAUGACUACUGACCCAUUGACUUCUCAUACUACGGUUCAAACUUCAACAGCAGAUCAAUCGACUUCUGCAUCAACAGUUCUGAUGUCAACGGAUGGAGGGUUGACUUCUGCAUCCACAGUUAUGACUUCAACAGAUGGACAAUUGACUUCUGCAUCCACAGUUCUGACUUCAACAUAUGGAACAUUGACUUCUGACCCACUGACCUCUCAAACUACAGUUCAAACUUCACCAGUGAUGCCAUCGACUUCUGCAUCCACAGUUCUGACUUCAACAGAUGGACCAUUGACUUCCGCAUCCACUAUGGACCAUUGA